UCUGUGGUUGUUUCAGGGAAGUCGUGUGGCUCCCCAGGAGAAGGGAAGAACGGCCAUUUUGAUCUCUCUGAGGGGAUCUUGUUUGGUGACAAGGUUGUUGCUACCUGUAACACUGGCUAUAUGCUUGUGGGCAGCGAUGUAAGGACCUGUAUGGACGGAGGCUGGGAUGGCAGAGUUCCUUUAUGUGAAGUGGUGAAGUGUGGAAAGCCCCCCACCAUUGUCAACGGUGGGCCUGUUGUCCAACCUGAAGAGAUGUAUAACUAUGGAGAUGUUGUGCAAUAUGGCUGUGAGAAGGAUUACACUCUGGUUGGAACUAAAUCCAUAACCUGCUCUGAGAAUGGAGAAUUCCAUUCUGUAUGGUUGUUAACAAAAUAUAGAACUGCUCACAUGAACUGCUUACAACAGGGGUGUCAAAGAUAUAUGGCUGUGGAUGUCGCCCAUCGUAUUGAGAAGAAGCAAGAUGCCAUCGGCAGCCGCUCAAUCAUCAUCCAGUUCGCUUUCCACACAGCGAGAGAUGCGGUUUGGAAGAAAGCAAAGGAAAGCGCCUUUCUGAAAGAGAGAGAAUUUAGAUUCGGUGAGGACCUGACUGCAGCAGACAAGGCAGCAAAGGCAAAGUUGUGGCCUCUCGUCCAACAGGCCUGA